AGCCGGGAUCGAGCGGGUGGAGCCGGGGCCGGGCGGGAGGAGCCGGGGCCGGGCGGGAGGAGCCGGGGCCGGGCGCAGGCGCCCCGCCGGUAUCCGCUGCUCGGCCGGGCCUGGCGGCCGCCCUGGCGCUGUGCUCCAUGGAUGGCGUUUUCCUGUCGCCCAGCGAGGAUGAGUUCGUGGGCAGGAUCGCGGAGGAGCUGGAGCACUUCAUGGUGCAGGGCCAGCACCACCGAGUGCUCCUGUUCCCACCCCUGUCCAGCCGCCUCAGGUACCUGAUCCACCGGACUGUGGAAAACAUGGAAUUGCUGAGCAGCUUCUCGGUGGGAGAGGGCUGGAGGAGGAGGACAGUCAUUUGUCACUCUGCUGUCAGGCUUCCCAGCGAGACCUCGAGCGACCAAAAACCCGGGGCCAACCCCGCCCGGCCGCCGCGCCCGGCGCAGCCCUGGGGCCGGGGGGGCCGGGGCGCCCGGCCGCGCCACGCCGGGGACCCCCACGGGGACAGCUCCCGCGCCUCCGUGGGCUCGGGCAGGAUCACCAGGCCGCCCAGGAGGAAGCCAGAGAAAGCCCUGUACGUGCCCAAAGGGAUCCGGAGAAAGGCGAAUUGGAGGGAGCGGGACAGCCCCGAGGCGGAGCCCGACGGGGACGCGGCUCCAGGAGGUGAAAGCUGCCCCAGGAAUUCCAUCGGGGACACCCAGCGGGAGCUGGGCAAGGGAGGAGGCAGCCCUGGCAAGGAAGAGCACGUCCCGGGAAAAGGCAGCGCUGAGCAUCCUCUGUGUGAGGAGCAGGUGCCAUCCUUAGGGAAUGGCGGCGAUUCCUGUGAGCAGGGAAGUCGGGAUAAAGACUGUUCCCAUUCCACAUCUUCUGCACUCAACAAACACCCACCCGAGGCAGGAGAGGAAGAGUCGAGCCACGCCGGCAGCACCAUUCCAGAAGGCAGCGAAUUCCAGGGCCAGCUGCAAGAGGAGAACCAAUCCGGCCGGGAUUGCGGAGGGUCGGAGUGUGGGAGAAGCUCCGUGCCUUUGGAAAACCAUGGUGGCAGCAGGACAGACCCGCCUGUGACAGUGACAGACACACCUGUGACAGUGACAGAUCCACCUGAGACAGACCUGGCUGUGACAGACCCGGCUGUGACAGACCCACCUGAGACAGACCCGGCAGUGACAGACCCGGCAGUGACAGACCCGGCAGUGACAGACCCCCCAGCCCUGGAAGCGCAGGCCCUGGAGGGCAGCAGGAGCCAGUCCCCCCCUGGAGAGCAGGAUCCCCGGAAUUCCGAGGCAGGCUGGGGUGUUCCCCCGCAGCAGAGCCCCAGCGCUGGGCAGGUGGAGCAGGAACCCCCGCAGAAGGUUCUGGAAGGCCCAGGUGAGGCUCUGGCUGCUCCGGAGCCGCUCCGUGGCGGGAAGGAGGAAGAGGAGGACAAGGAGGGCUCGGAUGUGGCCGAGGCGCUGGGCAGGGGCCUGGAUUUGGCUGCAGGGGACAGAGAGGGGACACGGCAGAGCGGCCUCGAGGACGACUGCACGGCAGAGCUCCUGGCAGAGAUCGUGGGGAAUUUGACGGUGAAGGACAUCAGCAUCGAGAGGAUCAGCGUGGAUUGUGCCGGCCACGGAGAGGCCCAGCUCAGCGAGGGCGACUUGGGCCACGUCACCGAGAUCUACGACUUCCCCUCGUCGCUGAAAACCGAGGAUCUGAUGGAAAUGUUCUCGGAUUUCCACGAGAGCGGCUUCAAAAUCCAGUGGGUGGAUGAUACCCACGCCCUGGGAAUCUUCUCCAGCCUCUCCACAGUGAACAUCCAGUCACCUCCCAGGGAUAUUGGGAGUGGGGAUGGCACCACAAAUCCAGAUAAACUCAUUUUUUUGGGAGGACAAACCCCAGGUGAGCUCAGAGCCAGCCCUGGGCGGUUCCUCUCACAUCCCAGCAGGUUCUGCUCUUUGAGGUGGGAUUUCCUCUCAAAGUGCCAAAAUUCUUUUAAAAACCUGUUUUUUCCUGGUUUUUGGGAUUGCUGCUGAGGUUCCCACCAUGAGCUCAGCCCGGAGCAAACGCGGAGGUCACGGAGUGGGUUCGGGCUUUUGGUGCAGUUUUUGAUGGGGACAUCUUUGAGGAGUUUUGUGUUAGGAGUGAGGGAUGGACGGGAUUUUUGUACCAGUCUGGAAACUUUUUUGUGGUUUUUUUUGAGAUCUUUAAAUAUUUUUGUGGUAGGAAUGAGGGAUGGACAGGAAUUUGUACCAUUGUGGAAACUUUUUUGGGGGUUUUUUGAGAUCUUUGAAGAGUUUUGUGUUAGGAAUGAGAGAUGGACAGGAAUUUGUACCAUUGUGGGAACUUUUUUGUGAUUUUUUUGAAAUCUUUAAAGAUUUUUGUGUUAGGAAUGAGGGAUGGAUGAGAUUUUUGUACCAUUCUGGAGGCUUUUUUUGUGGUUUUUUUAGAGAUCUUUAAAGAUUUUUGUGUUAGGAUUGAGGAAUGGACAGGAUUUUUGUACCAUUGUGGAAACUUUUUUUGGGGUUUUUUUAAGAUCUUUAAAGAUUUUUGUGUUAGGAAUGAGGGAUGGAUGGAUUUUUGGUUUUCCAGUUUAGGUUCUUGUUUAUUUCUCUCUGAUUAAAAGCUCUCUACAUCUCAGACUUGGUGUACAAAGAGAAGGCACCAAAAGUCACCAGACACAGAGUCGAGGUCUUUUAAAGCUGUUUUUUCCAAUUAACUCCUGUAAUGUGUUUUAUUUCUACCCUUCUACCAAUAACUAAUUAUUUGUGUGCCUUAGUGGUUCUUUCUAAUGAAUCACUAUCACAGUCUAAUGCAGAAAUGGAGCAGGUGAAGAACAAGGAGAUCAGACAAUGCCCAAAAUCCUCCAUCUUGUCUCCUGCCCACCUCCAUUCUGAAAACACAGAACUUUUUCCUCCAUCCUAAACUUUUUUUUCCAUACUGAAUUUUUUCCUCCACACUAAACCUUUUCCUCCACACUGAACUUUUUUUUCCAUCCUAAACUUCUUCUAUAUUAAACUUUUUCCUCCAUCCUAAAUUUUUUCCAUGCUAAACUUUUUUUUUCUACUGAACUUUUCUUUCCACACUAAACUUUUUCCUCCACAAUAAACAUUUUUUCCAUACUAAACUUCUUCUAUACUAAAUUUUUUACUCCAUACUAAACUUUUUCCAUGCUAAACUUUUCUUUCCACCCUAAACUUUUUUCUCCAUCCUAAACUUUUUCCUCCACACUCAAUUUUUCUCCAUCCUAAACUUUUUCUUCCACACUAAACCAUUUCUUCCAUAAUAAGCUUUUUCCAUACUAAAUUUUUCUUCCAUACUAAAUUUUUCUUCCAUACUAAACACUUUUUCCUCCAUACUGAACUUUUUCCUCCACACUAAACUUUUUUCCAUCCUAAACUUUUUUCCAUCCUAAACUUCUAUACCAUUUCCUCCAUCCUAAACUUUUCCCAUCCUAAACUUUUCCCAUCCUAAACAUUUUUUCCCAUCCUAAACUUUUUCCUCCACACUGAACUUUUUCCUCCAUACUAAACUUUUUCUUUCCUACUAAAUUUUUCCUUUAUCCUAACCAUUUUCUUCCACACUAAACUUUUUCUUCCAUAAUAAACUUCUUUUUUCUGUACUAAAAACUUUCUCCAUACUAAACUUUCUUUUCCAUACUAAACUUUUUCCAUACUAAACGUUUUUUUCCAUACUAAACUUUCUUUUCCAUAUUAAGUUUUUCCACACUAAACUUUUUUUCCCUACCAAAACCCCCAAGUUCUCACUGUGAUCAGCUACACCACGAUCUGUUUCACACUCAUGGAUCCCAGUUCAUCCCAAAGCCUUGGGAGCUUUCUCCAUGGGUGGAGUUAAAGGCAGAGUUCUGCUGGGGGUCAGGACAGGCAGAGAAACCUCCCCUGUGCCCGGGGCUCCAGCACAGCUUCAUGUGAAUUUUGGGGUUAAUUCCAUCCCUUUGUGUGC